UUGCUUAAUGAGCCUCUUACUCGUCUCUACAAACACCCCAUACACAAACAAAAAGUCAAAAUCAAUGGUUUAACAGAAAAGUCAAAAGUAACGAGGGAAUAUUAUCCCGUGCGAAUCCAACUACAACAACGCAGAAGCUCGCCGGUGAACGGCGUUCUGUAAAUUAAAUUAGGCUCAACAACAACAAAAUUUCACAUCUCGAUCUUAAUCAAACAUUUCAAUGUUAUAAUUAACCAAAAAUGCAGUCAAUAAUCAGCGCAAGGUGCGGUAAUGCCGUUCAGAUCCUUCUCCACAAGAUGAUGCCGAUCUCGAGUUAUUCUAGCACUGAUUAUUGUCGACAAUUUCUCCGACGAAGUUUUUCCGAUGAUUUGCGCAGUUGUCUAUUCACUAGGCAAUUCUCCCUUCACCGGCGUAAUCCGUGGGAAGUUCCGAGGAAAUCCACGCGUUUUUUUGAGCAAUUGAAUGCUUUUGUUUCGGAUGCUCCUGUUAGGAAAACUGGUUCUACGCCUAAUGGAUAUGCUUCAUUGACAACAUCCAGUGACAACGAUGCAAAAGGUAAGAAGCUAAAUAAGAAAUGGGAGGAAAGUCAGGAAACAGAUCUUGUUACAAAAGGAGAGCGGAUCAAUAAUGCUAAAAUUCUUAGUACACUAGCAAAGUACUUGUGGAUGAAAGAUAACAUGGAGUUCAGGUUAAGAGUGCUCACUGCUAUGGGAUUUUUGGUUGGAGCCAAGGUGUUGAAUGUUCAAGUUCCCUUUUUGUUUAAGCUAGCUGUUGAUUGGUUAACAACGGUGACAGGAAACCCUAGUUCACUUUCUGAGUUUACAGCUGCUAAUUCAGUAGCGUUAGCUGUUUUUGUGAGCCCCGCAGCUGUGUUGAUUGGUUAUGGGAUUGCAAGAACAGGGGCUUCUGCUUUCAAUGAGUUGCGUACGGCAGUUUUUUCUAAGGUUGCAUUGCGGACUAUUAGGUCGGUAUCAAGAAAGGUGUUUACACAUUUGCACCAGCUUGAUCUGCGGUAUCAUCUUAGCCGAGAAACAGGUGCUCUAAAUCGAAUUAUUGAUCGUGGUAGUCGUGCUAUUAACUUUAUCCUCUCAGCCAUGGUAUUUAAUGUUGUACCAACUAUAUUGGAGAUUUCUUUGGUGUCGGGUAUUCUUGCAUACAAUUUUGGAGCACCAUUUGCAUGGAUUACUUCUUUAUCAGUUGCUGCUUAUGUCGCCUUCACAUUGGCUGUGACACAAUGGAGGACUAAAUUUAGGACGGAUAUGAACAAAGCUGAUAAUGAUGCGAGUACAAGGGCAAUUGAUUCACUUAUAAAUUAUGAGACUGUAAAGUACUUCAACAAUGAGCAAUAUGAAGCAGAGGAGUAUGAUAAAUAUUUGGAACGCUAUGAAGGUGCUGCGUUGAAUACACAACACAGUCUUGCGUUACUAAAUUUUGGACAAACACUGAUAUUCAGUACAGCUCUCACAGCAGCAAUGGUAUUGAGUUCAAAUGGUAUCAUGAAUGGUGUGGCGACUGUUGGUGAUUUGGUUAUGGUUAAUGGACUCCUCUUCCAGCUGUCUCUUCCACUCAACUUCCUUGGUAGCGUUUAUCGUGAAACCGUGCAGAGUCUUAUUGACAUGAAAUCCAUGUUUCAGCUGCUUGAGGAGAAAGCAGAAAUUAAAGAUGGAGAUGAUGCAAAGCCUCUCAAGUUGGAUGGGGGUAGCAUUGAAUUUGAAAAUGUUCAUUUUAGUUAUCUGACAGAUAGAAAGAUUCUUGAUGGGGUAUCUUUUGUUGUGCCAGCUGGCAAAAGUGUGGCUAUUGUUGGAACUAGUGGCAGUGGGAAAUCAACAAUUCUUAGGAUGAUCUUCAGAUUCUUUGACACCCAAUCUGGCACGGUGAGGAUAGAUGGUCAGGAUAUACGGAAGGUGACGCUUGAAAGCCUUAGAAAGCAUAUUGGUGUUGUUCCACAAGAUACAGUAUUAUUCAACAACACAAUAUUCCACAACAUUCAGUAUGGUUGUCUCUCUUCUACCCCUGAACAGGUAUAUGAUGCUGCCCGAAAAGCAGCAAUUCAUGACACCAUCAUGAAAUUCCCUGAUAAAUAUUUCACACUUGUUGGAGAGCGAGGCCUUAAGCUUAGCGGUGGAGAAAAACAACGAGUUGCACUAGCUCGUGCGUUCUUGAAAGCACCAGCAAUUUUGUUGUGUGAUGAAGCAACAAGUGCUCUAGAUAGCACAACAGAAGCAGAGAUAUUAAGUGCACUAAGGGCACUUGCCAAUAACAGAACAUCUGUCUUUAUUGCUCAUAGACUUACAACUGCAAUGCAGUGUGAUGAGAUUAUAGUUAUGGAAGGUGGAAUGGUUGUAGAACAAGGUCCUCAUGAAGUUCUUUUGUCAAAUGCUGGUCGAUAUGCACAACUCUGGUCACAGCAAAAUAGCACCAUUGAUUGACUUGAUGACGUCAUCACCCUUCCAUAAAAAGUCCCCUUUUCCACCUCCUUAAAUAAGGUAAUUGAGCCCAUGAAAAUAAUGGGCCGAGUCUUCUUUCACAUUUUAUUAUAGCCAUUGAUUGUGUCCCAAAAUAAGGUCUAUAUUAUGAGGAAAAAGAUAUUUUUAACGAACACCAAACCUCACAAACUUGUAUUGGAAAAAAGGCAUUUGGCAGGGUUUUGGAUGUGUUGUCAAAGUGUACUAGUUAUUGUGUCUGUACUUUGUAAAAAUUAACUCUUAUUGAAAAAAUUUAUAGAAGAGAAUAGAAAUCAGACGAAGGAAA